UUUAUUCGUCGAUCGCUGCCAAAAGUUAACCGCAACCCCUCCUCCUCAGCGUCAGUGGCCAUGUCGGAUCCACCCACCCACCACCAACGCCAGUAGUAUUAGGCGAGGCGAUAGCUGUUGCCUUCUGCGACGGCGACCUCGGUUUCGGCGGCGGCCGCAUGAAGAACUUCCUCAGGAAGCUCCACAUCGGCGAGGGCUCCGGCGACGGGGGCUCAUCGCCUCCCCCUCCGCCCUCCCGGAAAGGCGGUGGCGGUGGGAUUCAUCAUCACCCGCACCACGAGCAGAGGCAGCAGCCCUCAGCCGUGUCGAGCUGGCUCGACAACGUCCCUAGCCGGCCUCCACCUCCGAUUCCGGUGGAAGCGGAGGGGCCGACAUCGCCGUCGUCCGUCCAAACGGGGGCGGAGGAGAGGAGCUCGAGGCAGUCCGAGGCGAGCGAGAGGCGGCGAUCGCAGGAGGAGGAGAUGGCGAGGGAGCGGAGGCGGUCGCGGGAGGAGGACGAGGUGGAGGAGAGGGUGAUAAGGGAAUCGUCCGAGGCGGAGGAGAGGAAGCGGGAGAGGGAGAAGGAGGAGGACGAUCUGGAGGAGUUCCAGCUGCAGCUGGUGCUGGAGAUGAGCGCGCGGGACAAUCCGGAGGAGAUGGAGAUUGAGGUUGCAAAGCAAAUCAGCCUGGGCUUCUGCCCGCCUCAGAGCCCCCCCGCGGAGGUCCUCGCGGUCCGGUACUGGAGUUUCAACGCCCUUACCUAUGAUGACAAAAUAUCGGAUGGCUUUUAUGAUCUUUUUUUCAUUGGGAAUGGGCCAGCAUCGGUAACUGUGCCCUCUCUUGUUGAACUGCGAGCCCAGCCAUUUUCACAUAAAGUCAACUGGGAAGCUGUAUUGGUCAACAGAGGUGAAGAUCAUGAGCUCAUGAAACUUGAGCAGGAGGCCUUAAACAUGGCUCCUGAACUUCGAUCAAGUACUUCAGAAUCUGUUGGGAAAACUUUGGUUCAGAGACUUGCUAGUCUGGUUGCUAGCCACAUGGGUGGGCUAGUCUUUGAUCCCGAGAGCAUGUUGGUGAAAUACAAGAGUAUGAUUAGCUCCUUGAGAACUAGUACAGGAAGUGUAGUUGUGCCCCUUGGCCUACUAAAAAUUGGUCUAGCUCGUCAUCGUGCACUGCUAUUUAAGGUUUUGGCUGAUAGCCUUAAUGUACCUUGCCGACUGCUGAAAGGAAGGCAGUACACUGGAUCGGACGAUGGAGCUUUGAAUAUUGUGAAGUUUAAUGAUGGAAGGGAGUUCAUUGUUGAUCUUGUGGCUGAUCCUGGUACACUUAUUCCUUCAGAUGGUGCUGUUUUGUCUACAGAAUUCGAGGAAAACUUUGCCUCCGACAAUCAACACUUUAACAAAGAUGAUGCCACCAAUCAUUUGGGAUCUUCUCUUAGCGGAGUAUCGAGUUCAGCCUGUGGUUCUUUCGAGUACGAGUUACUUGACAGAAGAUCCACAUCAAGCAAUGUUGGUCCUUCUUAUACUGAUGUAACUACAACUAGUCAGACAAGCAAUCAGCAAAAUAUGCUAUCAAGCUCAUUCGAAAAACUAUCAGUUAGCACAUGCACUAGUGAAAAUAGACCUAUUGUUAAUGAAUCUAUAAGUGCAGAUGACAUUACGGCUGCAAAAACCAAAGUAAAAUCAGUUGCUGCAAAUGGUUCUUCGUUAACUUCACCUACGUCAGAGGUGGGAAGUGCUCCAGCUGUCCGGAGGAUGAAAGUGAAGGACAUUUCGGAGUACAUGAUCAACGCUGCCAGGGAAAAUCCACAAUUAGCUCAGAAGAUCCAUGAGGUUUUACUAGAAAACGGUGUUGUGGCACCACCUGACUUGUUUUCAGAAGAUUCAAUGGAAGAGCCAAAGGACCUCAUCGUGUAUGACACAACCCUGUUUCAAAGCAAGGAUGAAAUGAAAAGGAGGAUGAAUGAGAUUGGGUCAAGGGAAUACGCAGAUCGUGGUCAUGGUCCAACACUACCUCAUCCUCCGGGACAUGAAUUCCAAACAAAAGUUGUUCCUCACCGGGCACCUCUGGAGUCACUUAAGCCUGUUGAGGGUUUGGGCAUUUAUCAUCCCCGUGAUAUCCAGGAUAUUGCAAGUCCCUUUGUUUCUCAGUAUGAACCAUCUGCACUUCCUCAGGAAGCUCCAUCACCACUUACAAAGCAGUUGCCUGUUACUGCUGCGGCUGUUGCGACAGCUGCAGUGGUGGCAUCCUCUAUGGUUGUUGCUGCCGCUAAAUCUAACAGCGAUGUGAACUUUGACGUGCCUGUUGCUGCUGCAGCCACUGUCACUGCAGCCGCAGUUUUUGCCACAACUGCUGCUGUCAGCAAGCAAUACGAACACUUGGAGCCUGGUAAUCCACUGCUAAGUUCACCGAUUUCUUCUCAAGGAAAUGAAUCAAUUGAUAAAGGCAGAGACGACUUUUGGAAUAAACAGCACCUUGAAAUUGAUCAUGACCAAGACAACACCCUGGAUCAAGAAGUUCCUCAGGAAGCUGAAAGAAUCUCAGACAAAUCAAGCGGGACAGAGAGUGCAAGAUCAGAUAUUGCUCUGGAUCGAGAAGUUGCAGAGUUUGAAAUCCAAUGGGAAGAAAUUGCUAUUGGUGAACGGAUUGGCCUUGGAUCAUUUGGAGAAGUUUAUAGAGGAGACUGGCAUGGAACGGAAGUUGCAGUCAAAAAGUUUUUGCAACAAGAUAUUUCAAGUGAUGGUCUGGAAGAGUUUAGAACUGAGGUGCGAAUAAUGAAGAGGUUGCGCCAUCCUAAUGUUGUUCUCUUCAUGGGUGCUAUCACUCGCGUGCCUAAUCUUUCCAUUGUCACCGAAUUUCUUCCAAGAGGCAGUUUGUUCCGGUUGAUUCAUAGACCCAACAACCAGUUGGAUGAAAGGAAGCGUGUAAGAAUGGCACUUGAUGUGGCUCGUGGUAUGAAUUAUCUGCAUAACUGCACACCAGUUAUAGUCCAUCGAGAUCUGAAAUCCCCAAAUCUACUGGUGGACAAGAACUGGGUUGUGAAGGUCUGCGAUUUUGGUUUGUCAAGAAUCAAGAAAAAUACCUUCCUGUCAUCAAGAUCAACAGCUGGAACAGCGGAGUGGAUGGCACCGGAAGUACUUCGUAAUGAACCAUCAAACGAAAAAUGUGAUGUUUUUAGCUAUGGAGUCAUAUUAUGGGAACUAUGUACACUAUUACAGCCUUGGGAAGGAAUGAAUGCUAUGCAAGUUGUCGGAGCAGUUGGGUUUCAGAAUCGCCGCCUUGAAAUUCCAGAUAAUGUUGAUCCCACCAUAGCAGAGAUAAUAAUGAAGUGCUGGCAGACGGACCCAAAGUUGCGGCCAUCAUUUGCAGAGAUCAUGGCCGCAUUAAAACCAUUGUUGAAGAACAUGACCAGCAAUCAAGCACCAAGACAGAGAGUACAACAAACAGAUGAGUAAAACAAGGAGAUUAGCAGUUGCCCAGCGUCCGUAGCUGCAGGGUUAUUUUUGUACAGUAACACCAAGCGUGUGUUCAAAGAUGAAAAAAGUUUGAUGUUGGUCUGUUUGCUACUCCAUCCAAGUAUAGGUGUAAGUUUUAAGAGCGGCAAUGCGCCGUUAAGCCCGCUUGUCAUUGAUCCAGCAUUCCAGCUUUGAAGACCAGCACUGGUAUACUUGUCAAAGAAGACAAAGGGUACAGAACUGAACAAGAAGUUGUGCAGAACAAUAAUGUUUGGCACAGUGGAACAAUUGGAUAAGGAACUGAUAAGGCGGGUGGAAAGGCUUUUGUUCAUACCAUCUCCUUUUCUUGUGUUUUUCACCAAACGGUGGGUAUUUAUGUGUAAAUGUCAACAAAUGUAAUUUGCUGUCAACCAGGAAAAAGAAAGAGAAACGGUUGCUCAGCUUGUGCUCCGAGCUUGGACUC